AUGCGAAGUCUUGACAGCUUCCUCAACCCCGAUCCGGCUCUGCAAAGACACCACCACGACACGACGCCCCUUCUUAAAGAGCGGGCACCACCAUUGAACCUCCCUCCGACAUCCGAUUCCGUGACUACGGCGGCACAGUGUCGAACUUAUCGAUUAACCCAACAGGACGGCUCCAUUCUACCGGCUCAAUCUGAGUACGGGUUCCGUCAGACUCUUCCUCACUCAACUAUUAUGACUCCUUCAGUUGAAUCUGCUCGCCCCAUUAUGGCUCCGUCGAACAGGACAUCGGCGCGCCUCAGCGCGUAUAGCAUGGCUCCGUCAUUUACUCCCACAGUUCAAACCAACGAUUCGGUCCAAGCUGAGAUACGCAACAUUGCUUCCAACCUUGAUCGCAUGGAGAACGAAGCGCUUUCCUCCCAACGUGUAGUUUUGAGCGACGAAAAGACAGACAACAUGGGUAAGCUGGCUUUAGGCGCCAAGCUUGAGCGCGCUCUGGAUCGUCGAAUGAGUGGUCAGGAUGCCGUUAUGCGCCCACGCUGCGAGAAUGUCACCGUCAAUAUCACCAUAAGCGAAAAGAAGCAGCUGAGUGAAAAAGCAUAG